UAUUAAGGCAAAUUUUACAGUGCACUACAAUAAAUUUUACUAUGCACAACAAUAAGAUUUUACAGUAAAAUUGGCCUAAAUAUUAUAUUGUCCCACAAUUAACAUGAUUUGCAGGGUAAAUUUUAAAAAAAUUCUCUCCGUGCAUAAUAUUGGCAAAACUUUAAUUUCUAUAGCAAAGACAGCUUUUACAAGUUUUCAAAGAUUAAUACUGCAGGAACAGCAAGCUUAUAUUUGAAGCCAUUUGUCCAGUUUCAUAAGACACAAUACAAUAAAGUAUUUCUCAUAAUUUUGGGGAGAAAAUCAAAUAUAAGUUUUUAUAACUGCUAAUGUGUAGAGUAGUAUAUCAUUAUUACUAUUAUUAUUAUUAUUAUUAUAAAAAACUCAAUGUUAUUUUUUUGUCUGUAUCAUUUUGACUUUGUCACUUUGUACGUAAUUUAAAUUAUAAAAUAUGACAUUUUUUUGAAAAAUUGUAGCUUACAAUUAAUUUUAAAAAUACAAAAUAUAUUCGUCUUAUACAUGUCAAUUUCGAACAAUUAUCAUCUGUCCAUGACUUUCGCAUUCCGCAACGUACAUAUAUAUAUAUAUAUUUUAAAUAGGUCAAUUAUUUAUUAUCAUGCAGAGUCGCCAGCUGAUAACAAAUUGUUAUUUAGCAUUCUCUUUGCAAAAAGUAUACGUCGAAAUAUUUAGUUUGACUAUUUUACAGUAUUGCGAAGUACCAAUAUUAGUUAGUUCUUUACUCUCCACGUUAACGUCACAUUUGCAAUUUUUAUUUGCAUAAAACAAAAUUAUAAACUAAUCUUUACGGGAAGUUGUUAUAUCAUAAUACCGGAUUAGUUGUCGUAAUAAUAAUACAUAAAUAAUAAUAUAUAAGUUCACCUUGAUCAGUUUAGCCUACGUAUAUUAAAUUAUUUUUAUUUGGAACACGAAUCGCAUAUUCAAAUAAAAUGUCCCAUGAAGAUUUCCAAAGAUGGAUCAACGUGGUGAUGCCGAAGAUAAUUGAAAAUCUUGGACCGGACGUCGACAAAGUACGAUAUGAGCUACUUGAAUCUACUGACAUUUUUAUUACGUCCAACAUCUAUCGUGUAUGUCUGCAGUUUGAGAACAAGAUAAACGGACGAAACGAGAAAUUAUCAAUGAUACUGAAGAGACCCAUGGCGGGCUUUAGUCAGCUAGCUUGUAUGGACCUUCAAUUUCACAACGAGAUCUUGUUUUAUCAGAUGUACACUCGACCGGGCGAGAUCUACGCGAGAUGUUUCUACGCCAAAGAACGGCCAUCCAGCGACUCUGUAAUCGCCUUAGAAAAUGUCAACGGACGAGGAUAUUAUUCUUGUCCAAAUGCAUAUAAUCCUCCAUUUGAAUACACAUUAGCGGCGAUGCGCGAGUUGGGACGAUUUCAUGGCAAGGGAUAUGUCAUGAAGAAGAUGCAGCCGGAAAAAUUCUUCGACAUUGUGGCGCGAAUUCAAGAAAUUAGGUACACAAAGAGAGCGGAGAAUAUGUACGAGUUUUACGUCAACAUUCAGUCGGUACGCGCGGUGGAAUAUCUUCGCAGUCAAGGCCAUGAUACAGUUUUCUGCGAUAAGAUGGAAGCCUUACUUUCGAACGCGUUCGACGAAGUGAUGAUGAAGACGGUGCAGCCACUGGAACCGUUGGCCACGUUGUGUCACGGUGAUUUUACGUUGAACAAUAUUCUCUUCAAGACAGAAGGCGAUGGACAACACCGCCCGAUGUUAAUUGAUUUUGCGCUCAUCAGAUACUCGACGCCCGUCAUCGAUCUUUCCACGCAU